CACUCGCUGUACUCCUUCGCGUAGUUGCUCUGUCUUUCACUGGAGAUCACGAACGCCGGAGUACUCUGAACCAGCAAGCAGCCAUGGCAGAAAACGCCGGCUUGGAUAACCACCGUAUCAAGAGCUUCAAAAACAAGGGACGCGAUGUCGAGACUAUGAGAAGACAUCGAAAUGACGUGACAGUCGAGCUGAGGAAGAACAAACGAGACGAACAUCUCCUGAAGAAGAGGAAUGUCCCACAGGAGGACAGUCUGGAGGACUCUGACUUCGACUCCGACUUCAAAGGGCAAAACGUCACACUAGAGGCCAUCUUACAGAACGCCACCAGUGAUAAUGCUGUGGUCCAGCUUAGUGCUGUACAGGCUGCCAGAAAACUCCUCUCCAGUGACAGAAACCCUCCCAUUGAUGACUUGAUAAAGUCUGGCAUCCUGCCCAUCUUAGUCAAAUGUCUGGAGAGAGACGACAAUCCGUCUCUUCAGUUUGAGGCAGCCUGGGCCCUGACCAACAUAGCGUCUGGCACGUCACAACAGACCCAGGCUGUGGUCAAGUCCAAUGCUGUUCCCCUGUUCCUGCGUCUGCUCCACUCUCCCCAUCACAAUGUGUGUGAACAGGCCGUGUGGGCAUUAGGCAACAUCAUAGGCGACGGACCACAGUGCAGGGAUUACGUCAUCUCCCUGGGUGUGGUCAAGCCCCUGCUGUCCUUCAUUAACCCCUCCAUCCCCAUCACCUUCCUCCGUAAUGUCACUUGGGUCAUUGUCAACCUCUGCCGCAACAAGGACCCACCGCCCCCCAUGGAGACAGUACAGGAGCUUCUCCCAGCACUGUGUGUUCUUAUAUACCACACAGAUAUAAAUAUCCUUGUGGACACUGUGUGGGCUCUGUCCUACCUGACAGACGGUGGGAAUGAGCAGAUUCAGAUGGUAAUAGACUCUGGCGUGGUCCCCUUCCUUGUUCCCUUGCUCAGCCACCAGGAGGUCAAAGUUCAGACAGCUGCUCUGAGGGCGGUGGGGAAUAUUGUGACUGGGACAGACGAGCAGACACAGGUGGUGCUCAACUGUGACGUCCUCUCCCACUUCCCCAACCUGCUCACACACCCCAAAGAAAAGAUCAACAAGGAAGCAGUGUGGUUCUUGUCCAAUAUCACGGCUGGGAACCAGCAGCAGGUUCAGGCAGUGAUCGACGCAGGACUCGUCCCCUUGAUCAUCCACCAACUGGCCAAGGGGGACUUUGGCACUCAGAAGGAGGCAGCAUGGGCCAUCAGCAACCUCACCAUCAGCGGCAGGAAAGACCAGGUGGAGUACCUGGUGCAGCAGAAUGUGAUCCCUCCGUUCUGCAGCCUGCUGUCAGUGAAGGACUCCCAAGUGGUUCAGGUGGUCCUAGACGGCCUCAAGAACGUCCUUAUCAUGGCCGGGGAUGAGGCCAGCACCAUUGCUGAGAUCAUAGAGGAGUCUGGAGGUCUGGAGAAGAUAGAAAAUCUGCAGCAACAUGAGAAUGAGGACAUCUACAAAUUAGCCUUCGAGAUCAUCGACCAAUACUUCUCAGGCGACGAUAUUGAUGAGGAUCCCAGUUUAAUUCCUGAAGCCACCCAAGGGGGGACCUUCAACUUUGACCCCGCCUCCAACCUGCAGACGAAGGAGUUCAAGUUCUAGGAGCCGGUCCAUCAAGCAGCACGGGUACUGUCAAACCCACCUCAGACAUUCAUCCACCUAUCUCUCCACCAAACUGGCAACUUGCUACAGAAGGAUUGUACACACCUGCUAUACUUCAACAUGGUCACCCAUCUUUCAAUUGAAGGAUUCACCCACCGCUACAAUACUCCACCUCUGUACUGAAGGAUCCCUAACAACUACCACUAUUCAUCACAACCUGGUAACCCAGACGGGUCCAGGUAAUUCAUCCAGCACCAAUACAAUCUGAUCUCAGGCAGUCGUAGCCGAUGCUUUGAAAUGUCAUGUGAAAAUCAUAUGGACGGAAGAAAAAGCCUGUUGGGGCAAUAUUUUUGAAUUGCCAAAUAUCAUGAUCUACACGUACUCACGCACAAAAACACAGUUGAAGACACUUGAAGAAUUUGUGCAGACUUGUUUUAGAAGCCAAUAUAUCACAGAUGGGGAAAGGAUACUGACGUUUGUUUGCGGGUUCGUUUUGUGCUUCACCUCUGGAUUGUCCUUGGAUUCUCAUUGUCCCGCACGCACGUCGUCAGUCAGUCACGCACGUCGUCAGUCAGUCACGCACGUCGUCAGUCAGUCACGCACGUCGUCAGUCAGUCACGCACGUCGUCAGUCAGUCACGCACGUCGUCAGUCAGUC